AUGGACAACAAUGAAGAAUCCCUCUACUCUUCUUCCUCUGAUGACGAAGACUUGGAAGAUUUGGACGAUGAAGAAUUAGAUCUCACCGAAUCACCCGAUGAGAAUGAUCUCUCUCAUCUCCAUCAUAAUGAGCAAGAUGGAAUGAUGAUUGGCAACAAUGAAGACGACGACGACGACAAAGAAGAAGAUUACAUGGAUGAAAAUAGCACGUCUCAUGAGGAUGUGGUCAUCCUCCACUCUUCCAAUAGUAGUAGUGGUAGUGGUAGGAUGUCUUCACCUCCUCCACUUCCUCCCAACAAACCGAAAUUAAUCACAACUUCUCCAUCAUUGACACCCGGAAGGUCCUCCGAGCAACAAGGCUACUACUACUCAGACAAUAACAACAAUAACAACAACAUUAGUGAGAACCAUAGCAGCAGCAGUAGUAGUAGUAGUGGGGCCACGACAACAACAACAACAACAGCAAACUCUCCACCUCUACCUGUGAAACCCACAAGAACCAAUCGGAGAACCAUUGUGGAGCAUCAUCAUGAAGAAGGUACUUCACAAGACAACAACAAUAACAACAAUAACAACAAUACUACCACAUCUGCUGCCAACAAUUCUCUCAGUGUUGCCGUAACAACAACAACAAACACCACCACAUCUCCAAGUACAACACCAACCAGCACCAGCACCACCAUCACCACAGUGGGAACGGUGAGCAAGCGUUCACAAUCCGUGAUGAGAUCCAACAGCAGCACCGGAGGAGGUGCAGGAUCUCACCGAAAACUAUCCUCUCAACAACAACAACAGAUUCAUAACAUGUUCGAUGAUGGACAAUUUCGAUACAUGUACGUUCCACCACAUCGUCUCGUGUAUACCAUUGAAACUCAUGUUCGAAUGCUGCCCAAUGAUUAUUCCUAUGAAGAGGAAUUGAAACAAUUUGAAGAACGAGCAUCUGAGCAUGUGACAGAAUCUCAGGUCGAACCAUUUGUUGGACAAUUGCCAUUACCUCCAAAUUGUAAUUUAUUUAAACAAGCGUUGAGAUUUAGGAGUGCAUUGGAGGACUUGAAUUCAUCAUCGCAUCAUCAUCAUCACUCCCACACAAAUAGUCUAUCGAGUUCACAACAAGUUAAUUUGAAUCGAAGACCUUCUCAAGGAAAGAGAAAACAAAGUUUGAUUCAACAACCACAAGGAAGACAAAGAAAACUUAGUGCAAAAGGUGCUGUCUCUGCAUUGCCUCAUGGUGCUGUCAGACAUGUUCAAAGUGUCAAAGAACCAUUUCCUGAAGAAAUUGCUGGUAAGGGAAUUCCUGUUAGAAUUGGUUUGUCACAACAAUCGUUGAGUAGUAGUACCUCGACCACAAGUGGCGCCAUGACGAUUGGAACUCUCAAUGGUCACACUACCUCUACAGCACAAUCUCAAUUACCUUUCACGUUACCAAAUCAUCAAGAUCGAUUGUGUGAUAUUCCUUUCCCACCUUAUAACUCUGUGAACUUGUAUGCAAAUAGUUUGAAUUAUGUUUAUGAAGAUCAUUGGCAAGUAGAAAAAUCAAGGCCACUUCUCCAAGCGACUCUCAUUUCUCCACAAAUCGAUGAUGAUCGAUCGAAAUGGAGAACUCGUGUUCUUAGUAGAUUUCCAGUCAUGCAAGAAUUGUCAGAACGUCUCUAUCCUCUUUGGAGAACUAUAAGUUUUGGUGAAUUGUUUAAUGCUGGUAGAAAAGAAGUACGAAAGAAUCUCAAAGAGGAACAUGUCAUGAAUAUCAUCAUGCAACAUUUAACAUUUGAAGGAUUGAAGAAAACGAGAGCAAAACUCGAAGAAGAGGCACAAAUCAAAUACGAAGGUAUUGAUGUCGAUCAAAGUUUACUUCAUGCACUUGCCAAAGAGGCUGUUAAGAAAUCAGAAAAAUUGAUGGACACGGUUAUUUGCGACAAAUUCUCACCAGCUUAUAUUCAAAAGAAUAAGGGUAAAAUUCUGAAGGAGUUGGAUGAAUUAUUGAGUCUUGAAUUUGGUAUUAACAAUGAUGAAUUUGGUUCAUCCAGAAAGAGAGAUGAGGAUGUGAAUAUCUGGAAAGAACCUGAAAGACAAAAUGAAAUUGUGGACUAUGAUCCUGUGAACAAAUCUGAACACUUCCAAGCAGGAUCUCUCAACAAGGUCAUUGAACGAUUAACCAUGCCAACACAAGAUCAACAAUUCAUUGAUAUAUUCCUCAACACUUAUAUGGCCAUCACAUCCCCAGAGAGUGUUCUCGCUAAAUUGUUCCAACGUUUCAGAGUUCCAAGUCAUUUCACACCUGAUGUUAAAAAUGGAGUCCAAUCAGGUGUCAUUCGAGUCUUAAUAAUUUGGCUCGAAAAUCAUUUCCAUCAUUUUACAAACAAUAUGUUGCAAAGAAUUCAAUCAUUUUUGGAUGAACAAGCUCAACUUCAGGCCAAGAUCAAUAAGAGUAGAAAGAAGAUUAAUGAAAUUAUUACACAAAUGCGAAAUAAGAGUAACAAGCCAGAAGAAAUGCAAUUCCGACCAAGUGACAGAAUUCCAGAUCCCAUCAUUCCUUUGGGUAAAAUUUUCUCUCCAGAUCUUGCUGUAGAAGAUAUUGACGGCGAAGAAAUGGCAAGACAAUUGUGUCUCUAUGAAUUUGACGUGUAUUAUGCUAUCAAAUCUGAAGAGUUAUUGAAUCAAGCAUGGACCAAACCUAAAUUGAAGCAUCGUGCUACCAAUGUGAUUGCCAUGAUGAAUUUCUUUGAAAAUAUCUCAUUAUGGGUAGCAAGUUUAAUUUGUAGAGGUAAAACAACCUAUGAAAGAAAACACACUUACAAAAAGCUUAUUAUCAUUUGUGAACAUUUGAGAAAACUCAACAAUUUUAACACUCUCAAAGCAAUAUUGAAUGGUUUUGAAACUGGUGCUGUGAAGAGACUAAAAGAAACAAGAAAUGAAUUGGGAAACAAAUCAAAAGAGGCUGAAUCUUCUCUCAAACAGCUCAUGAGUGAAGAAAAUAGCUACAAACGAUAUAAGGAAGUAUUGAAACAAACCUCGAUCCCUGCGAUUCCAUACUUGGGUGUGCAUCUUCAAGAUUUGGAAUACAUCGAAAAGAACCAUCAUGAUUUUGUGAAGAAUACCAAUCGAAAUGGAGGUGAAUUAAUUAACUGGAUUAAGAGAGAGUCUCUCUCUGAAGUGAUCAAAGAAAUCAAACACUUCCAAAAUCCUCUUGGUUACAAAUUUGUCAAGGUCUAUCAAAUUCAAGAACUCAUUCGAAACAUGCCUGGCAAAGUUCCCAAUCAACAAUCGCUCAUGAUGCUCAGUUAUAAGGCAGAAGGAAAUUUCCCAUAUAACUAG